AGCAGGUGUUCAUUCUUCAGUCCUUUCUUGUACAUGGUGGUAUCUCCUAAUGUCAGCAUUCUCAGCUGCAAAUUAAGAUACACUGUCAAACUUCAUGCCAUUUUUAAUUCUUCUGAUGUUUUACAUUUUCCUUCCUAAGCAGUAUUAGGUGAAUUAUCCAAGGUUAAUUAUUGUUAAUAGUGUAAUGAAGUAAUUCUGACACAACAUUAAUACUUGUAUAGCUUAGGUAGGUGGAGACGCAGAGGCACAUCCUUUUCUGCUAAAUAUCCAAUUUUUUUUUCAGUUGCAAAAAAGAAUAAGUGUAUUGCUGUUGGUGCCAUUAGUAGGAUGAUUCCUUCAUGUGUCAUUUAAUUACAGGGGAAGCACAGAAAACCAAAUAAUUUGUUUUAUUCAAUGCUUUCUGUGAAUUACAAUAGACGAAGCUUUUGUACUUAUGUUAAACUAUAAACUGCUGAUGUGUAUCUUAGCAAUAAAACAUUUCUUUCCAAAAAAGACUGUCCUCAAAAGCUGUUUCAGCCUAAUUGUAUGAUCCCCACUAUGUGUGUGCUUUAAUAACAAAAAACUGAAACUUCCGUUUAAACUGCUGUAUGAUGUAUUAUAGCAUUGCUAUCUCCCUGGUGCUCCCCCAUCCAAAAUAAUUCCUCCUUUUAUUCUUUUCAUUUUUCAUGGAUUUGGCUGUGGGUUUGUAUUCUGGAGAUCUGGUCUCUGCACAAAAUAGAACACUUUAUUGUGAGGUUUCAGGUUAUCUUUUCAGUAUUUCAAGUUGAAUUUUACAUUGAAGGUAAUAUCUGGUUGCUUCAUUCCUUGGGAUUGUUGUAAUUGAUUGACUGAGCCUAUGUAGUGAGAAAGUCUCUAUAUAAAGUAAGGCAUGCACCUGUGAAUUACAGGUAUGCAUGGUGGUCCUGGGACAGAACUGCAUCUGUUGUGUGGAUUUUGUUCUGACACCAGGAUCUAUCUGCAGGGCCAGAAGGGACAUGAAAAGGAGCAAGCAGCACAGGGUCAGGCACCUUCAGAGCUGUGCCCGGUGUGUGAAUAGCUCUCCCUGCUUCCUCCCUCAGGUGCUGUGUUUGGGUUUAUGCCAUCACAUCUACCAGGCCCAGGGCCAGGCCUUCAGUGGGGCAAAUCCCUCCUUCUCCCCUCACCCCUAUGGACGGGACUUUUAAUGAAACGAGCCUGAGGCCUUCCAAACCUGCAGGAAGCCAGUACCAGCUCUACAUUGGCCUGGCUCUGGCGGUCAGUUCCAACAUCUUCAUUGGAUCCAGCUUCAUCCUGAAGAAGAAGGGCCUCCUGAAGCUGGCCGCCAAAGGAGUUCCCCGUGCUGGACAUGGUGGGUAUUCCUACUUGAAAGAAUGGCUUUGGUGGGCUGGACUGCUUUCAAUGGGAUUGGGAGAAGCUGCAAACUCUGCUGCCUAUGCCUUUGCACCAGCAACCUUAGUUACCCCUUUGGGUGCAUUGAGUGUUCUCAUAAGUGCUAUAUUGUCAUCCUACUUUCUGAAGGAGAAGCUGAAUAUUCACGGCAAGUUGGGCUGUGUUCUGAGUGCUUUGGGUUCUACAGUCAUGGUUAUUCAUGCCCCAGAGGAGGAAAAGAUUACUUCACUGGAUGAGAUGGAAAUAAAACUGCAAGAUCCAGUGUUUGUUGCAUUUGCUGUUCUCCUAAUAUCUGUUGCCCUCGUGUUGAUUUUUAUUGCGGCUCCACGGAGAGGUCAGACAAAUAUACUGAUCUAUGUUUUAAUUUGCUCACUCAUUGGUGCCUUCUCUGUCUCAUCUGUCAAAGGCCUGGGCAUUGCCAUUAAAGAAAUGCUGGAGUGGAAGCCAGUUUAUCGACAUCCCCUGCUUUAUGUUUUGGUGGGAAUCCUAUUGCUCUCAGUUACCACCCAGAUCAAUUAUCUCAACAAAGCACUGGACACAUUUAACACAUCUCUAGUGACACCUAUUUAUUACGUAUGCUUCACCAUGACAGUGGUAACAUGCUCCAUCAUCCUGUUCAAAGAAUGGAGUAGUAUGGACCUGGAUGACAUCCUUGGGACCCUCAGUGGAUUCUGCAGUAUAAUAAUUGGAAUUUUUCUAUUACAUGCUUUCAAAAAUAUUGAUAUCACCUGGAGUCAGUUGAUGUCCAGUGUUACAAAAGAAUCAUCAUUGCCACACUGCGAGUAUGAAACCUCUCACACUUUACUGGAAAGCAUGGAAGACCCAGCUGUGUUAUAUGGGGAAGACAAUGUUUUAUUCAGCCAAUGAAACUCUCAAGUGACAGUUUCUCAUUCCACUGUCAUGAAUUGCAGACUUACAUGUAUCUACCAGACCACUUUUUGUCACUGCUAUCCUCUGGAAAAGCGCCUCUAAAGGCACACUCCUCUGUGCGCCAGCUGUUGGUAAUAAUGAAUUAAAAUGCUCAAUAAUUGACAUGAGGGACAGAAACCUGGUGGUUAUAAUACAUCAAGCAGUGAACAAGUUUGUCUAUUUUUUAUGCAACAUCUCCUACUGGAGAAUUUUAGCAAGAAAGGAUAUUUUCCCACAUCUUGAGUUGUUCAGGGUGAUGCUUGCCAGAGAUUUAGCAAGAGAGCUGGAUUAUUAAAAAUGACUUCUGAUCAGCUGAGAUAUAUAUGCCAAGCAGAAGCUCUUCAUAAAGCAGUGUCAAUGGUUUACGGGCUGGUUCGGUCCGGUUCCG